AAUACCGACGAAGUGAUCGACUACGCGUCCGGGACUGACGCUAUGACGGAUACGUCGGCAAUGAUCGGUUUUGUAGCUGGUGAAACGCCUGGAUGCAGCUAUACAGGCACAGUCAAAUGGUCAGAAAUCAUUGCCGCUCUCACGCUGAAUCCUAUCCUACGCAACGUUGACGAAAAUAUUGUUGUCGAGCUUUCGUCCCACGUCGCCCUCUCCCACACUCAAUGCGAUGAUCAAACAUCUGGAAUGAGACUCUCUUCGACAAAAUCCUAG